UACGUGCUCCAUGCCUCCUCCCACAGCGUCAGCAGUCCACGCGCUGUUGUUGUUACUGACAGUCCAUCAGGAGUCAUGUUGAAGUUUCGUUUUCGCCGUCACAACUGUGUAAUAACGAUGAGUAACUAACUAAUCAUGUCAGAGAUACUGCUAAACAAAGGUGAGAGUGUAUCGAACAGUCCAAUGAAGGCCGAGGAGAGUCCAGAGAGUGUCCGGAGCUUCCUGCUCGUGGAUGAACAAGAGAACCUGCAGGUCCGAGAUGAGUCUGAGUUUGUGGACAAACUUGGCUGUGGAGACGUGCCUGGGGUCAAGGUUCUCUCCAUCUUUGGCAACACAGGUGACGGCAAAUCCCACACCCUCAACCACAUCCUGUUUGAUGGCGAGACUGCGUUCUACACCUCCAAGUCUCCCAGCUCCUGUACGGUGGGAGUGUGGGCUGCGUACGACCCCACCCUCAGCCUGGUCGCUCUGGAUACAGAGGGCCUGUUGGGGGCUGCAGCCAACCAGAACCAAAGAAUGAGGCUGCUGCUGAAGGUGUUGGCAGUGUCAGACAUAGUUGUGUAUCGCACGCGAGCAGAGCGCCUCCACAACGACAUGUUCCUGUUCCUGAGCAGUGCCUCGGGGGCCUACCUUAAACACUUCACCCCGGAGCUCAAGGCCCUCUCCAGCCGCUGUGGUCUGGAUGUGCCCCUGUCUUCUCUUGGACCUGCAGUUAUCAUCUUCCAGGAGACGACGCACACUCAGUUGCUUGGCCAUGAUUCCAAGGUGGCCGGCCACGCUGACACGAUGCUCCAGAAGCGUUUUCAUGACCUGGGCUUGGGGACAGAGGCCUUCAGCUCAGUGCAGUAUGUGGGCACCCAGACCAUCAGACCUCCCACUGACUACAGCAGGCUGCUCGAGGCCGUCAAACAGCAAGUGAAGAACACUCACACACGUUCCCCUCGGCAGCCUGGGAUAGUGUUUCACGCUCUGGAGGCCCUAAGUGAUCGUUUCUGUGGAGAACUAGCAGAUGACAAGUUGACCAUGUACUCCUUCUUCCCUGAUGAGUACUUCACCUGCUCUGCUGUCUGCCUCUGCUGCAAGAUUCGCUGUAAAAAUGGAAUGAACCACUUAAGAGACAAAGUCCCCCACAUGGCAGAUGGUCUGUGCCAGUUCUCACACCACUUCAACAACAAAGUCCUGAUCUGUAAGAGAUGCUAUGAAGGCGGCAGAGAGGUGAUUGUUGUUCCCAAAACGUCAGCCUCCACCGACAGCCAGUGGUUUGGACUGGCGAAAUAUGCCUGGUCAGGGUAUGUAGAUAAACACACACACACACACACACACACACACACACACACACACACACACACACACACACACACACACACACACACACAUCUUUCAUUGCUUUUUGAUGUCACCAUCUCAUGUUGCCUCUAUCCCAGCUAUGUGUUGGAGUGUGCCAGCUGUGGCGUAAUCUACCGCAGCAGACAGUACUGGAUGGGAAACCAGGACCCUGAGAGCAGUGUGGUGCGGUCUGAGGUCAAGCAUGUCUGGAUGGGGUCUGGCAUGUAUCUAACCAACCAUCAGAACGCUGCUCAGAGGGUCCUGGAUGGAAUGAACUACAUGAUCCAGUCUGUCUCUGAGUACAGCACCGGCCCCACCAAAGCUGUCGCUGCCUGGCUCACCGACCAGGUGGCACCACCGUACUGGAGACCCAACACAGACAUCACUGCCUGUCACGGCUGUCAGAAGGUGUUUGUGGAGGCGGAGAGGAAGCACCACUGCCGAUCAUGUGGGGAGGGUUUCUGCCAUCCCUGCUCCAGUCACAGAAUGCCGGUGCCAGAGAGGGGCUGGGGCAGUGGCCCUGUCAGGGUGUGUAAGGCCUGUUACCGACAGGGAGGACCGGCUGACACCAACAGCCAGGUGUGUAAGGUGGAGCCUCGAGGCCUGAUAGCUCGCAGGGUGACAGAGGUGGCCCAGUCCACCCUGGACAUGGUCACCACAGCUGUGGACUACCCUCUCUGUUUUGUGAAAGAUGUCGCUCGACCCGACUACUGGGUGCCCGAUCAGGACAUCACACAGUGCCACCAGUGCUCUAAAACCUUCACUGCAUUAAUGUCCAAGCACCACUGCAGGGCCUGUGGAGAGGGUGUGUGCGGCCCUUGCUCCACUCACAUCAGGCCUGUCCCUUCAAGAGGCUGGGACCACCCGGUCAGGGUGUGCGAUGGCUGCCACGCCCGCACAGAUGAUCUUUGAGGAGUUUCCCUGAUAGAAAAGAAACACUUAAAAUGCUCUUGGUCUUCCUCCUAAAAACACUGUGAAUCCAGACUGUACUGCACCAGUAGAGCCAGGGAGGAUUUACUCUGCAGCACUAAGCAGCAGAACUGGAAUCAGCCUUGGUUUUGUGGGUUUGAAGCUUACAAUGGUCACCGCCUGGUGCUUUAUCAGUGCUAACCUAUCAGCUCUCCAUGUCAUCUGCCUUCUUUGACUUACUGACCUGCUGUAGUUAUGACGUUAACAUCAACACACAUCACCUUUACUACAAUCGACUCAACCAAUCAAACUGCUCUGACACCUGUAGGAAAAAUGGAAGCUGGACAAGAUUGACAUGUUGUGAUUUUAACUUACUGUAAGAAGUGUUUGAAAAAUUCACAUAUGACUCUUUUCCACUCUUACUUCAACUGCAGAGCUUUUACAUUUUACUGCACCCAAGUUAAGUCUUCCUUUUUUAUUCAGUUAUGUCUGCACAGCCCUGCAGAUCGCUGUCAGUCUGAAUCAUUUGAUGCACAGUACAGUGAUGCACUAGAAAAGCAGAUUACCAUGUUUAAAGAAGUUUUAAACCUCUGAGGACUUGACCUAUGGUUGGCACAGUUGAGAAAAAGUCAGCUUUUAUCGUCUUGUAAUAAGUGACAUUUGACUCCUGUAGUCUUAGCAGUGUCUCUGCUGCUUCUGCUGCAGAUGUAUGGAGCACAAUGUUUAAGUUUCAGUUCAUAAAUGUAGUGUGCAUUGUUUGAGUGUUGAUUACAUGCUAAGGAAAAGAGGAGAAACAACAACAUGUGAUUUAAUAGGUCGUUUAACCUAAACAUGGUGUGAACACUUAACAACCUGGGCUGUGUGUGCAGAGCCCUCAGGAUAGCAGACAUCGUGUGAGGUUCCUUUGGUUUUAUCUCCACUGGGGUAAGAAAAUCUUGGACAUGAGCGGAAACACAUCAGUUGAGGCAGAUUUUACUGAACUGUGUGCCUGAUUUACUCUGUGCAGGAAGACAAACUCAAGCUUCAGUGUGUGCCUUCAUGAGAAUCUUCACUCCUUUUGCUGCAGCUGCUAAGAUUUCUUUUGGGAUUCCUCUGUCUGUAUCUGGAGGGAUAAGAUCAUUUGUGCCUAAUUGCAGAGCAAGUUCAUUUACAGCUUCUAAUGUUCUGAUCUUCUUCAACUGUUGUAUUUACAAAAUGGUGAACUGGAGAGGAAAGGAAAACCUGUAGCACAACAUAUUUAGACAUUCCAAUGUAUGAACUGGACACGUGUCCUGAAGUAAGUGUACCUUUCUGAGGUUCUUAUAGAGAGUUGGCUUUUCUCUUUAGUUAUGGAUGCUGCAGAAAGCUCUCAGAAUGAAUCUGCACUAGACUGGACUGUUGAGAUGUUUCAGUGUCAGACAGAUGCUGGAAUCACUUACAAGCAAAGUGCAUAUUAAGUAACUGUUAGUGGAAAUUUGCACCUUCUGCAUACUGGGUGCAUUAAUGCUGUUUUCUCUCAGUCAAAAAAUAAUCAGUUCAAUUUAAAAGAUUUUUUUUCCAGUAAGAUUUAGCAACUGACAAUCUGUUUUCUCUUACAUUAAUCAGGAUUGUCCAAAUAAAGAACAGAGGAUGACUUUGUGUCCCUGCAAACAUCUUCAGUCACUUAUCACCGCCUCCCCUUUAUUUUAAAAAAGUCUCUCUUUAAAUCCCUCUCGAUGAUCAUUUGUGCUCGAUGUGUAAGAGCGGGUGACAAUUAAAAGUAUAACAUGAUGUGAAAAAGGGUAUGACCAUAAUGGUAAGGCUCAAGUCAGCAACUAUAUCCCUGUAUCUAAAUUCAUAGAAUUUUUAUAUUUUGUUUCAGCCCUUUUUGAUUCAUGUACUUUUCUGACAUCUUUAUAAGUACAUUAAAAGGACAUUAACAAUG